UCGAAAUUCCCACGUUUCCCUUGGAAAUUCUUUUCUUCAGCCCCUCACAGUCUCCCAGUCCGUGGCAGCGCUUUGACCCAGCGACUCCCCGCGGCCCGGAGGUACACAGCCCGCAGUCGAGCUGGGCUCCUCUGGCCGCCGGGACGCGGGUGGAGGGAGCGGCGCCCCGGGCUGCGACUGAACGAAUUCCUGGGGGGCAGCGGGGCGGGGAGAAGAGGAGGGGCAAGAAGGCCGCAUCCACUGCAGAGAAAGGUCGAGGGAAUUGGAAGGGGCGGGAGGGAGGGAGGCUCUGAAGACCCCUCGAAAUGCACCCGAAAGGCACCCGGUGGCUUUUCAGCCCGUGUGACAAACCCCCACGAGGAAAAGCAUGAAUAUGGGCGAUGGUUUUACAAAGAAAAACACUCCAAGAGUCUCGUCAGAGCGGUGGAGUUGGGAGAUGAUCAAGCUGAAACUAAAAUGAGUUUAAUUCAAGAGCUGGGAUCUGAGACAGAACCGAAUUUAGACAUGAGUGAAAGCAGCGAAGAAUGUGUGAAAAAGAUUAGCAGUGUGAAUCUUGACAAACUUAUAGAUGACUUCUCACAGAUAGAAAAGAAAAUGAUAGAAACCAGCGGAAAGAAUAAUAUACUGGAUAUACAGUUGGAAAAAGCUAACUAUUUGUUAAAAGUAAUGCAAACAAAGGAGGUCUCAAUUAAAGAAGAAUGUGCUACUCUUCAUAAUAUGAUAAAAGGGCUACAACAGACCAUUAAAUCUCAACAUGAUUUGAGAGGUGAAAAUGAACAACUAAAAAGAAGUGCUGAUUUUAUGAAAGAAAAUUUUAAAUCUCAUGAACAGGAAUAUAAGAAUAAUAUUGCCAAACUUAUGAGUGAAAUGAAAAUCAAAGAGGAGGGAUAUAAGAUAGAAAUAAGGAAACUUCAUCAGGAUAUGCAGGAAAAAAUUGAGUCAAAUGAAAAAAAGCAUAAAGAACUGAUAGAGAAAAAGGAGGUAGAAAUUUCAGAGUUAAAUGCAAAGUUGAGAACACAAGAAACGGAGAAACAAAGUGAAAUUAUCAAAUUACAGUUAGAGUUUGAUGCCAAACUAGCAAGAGUUCAAACUAAAUCAAAAUCAUAUCCAGAUUCUACUGUUUUGCCACAGAGUAUCUACAGAAGGAAGCUUCAACAUCUUCAAGAAGAAAAAAACAAGGAGAUUGCAGUUCUUCGGAAUACCAUUCAUGAUUUAGAGCAACGUCUCUCCCUUAACAAAGAUUCUGAUCUUAAACCUACUGGGAAAGGUUCCUACCUUAAGCGUAGACGGUUUUGAGUAGGAAAGUAAAUUCACUAGUUGCUACCUAAUUUCUUUAAA